AUGUAUGAGAAGCUUUCUCGAACACCUCUUACACGCACCUAUCUGUCCCAGGUGGAGUCUGAGCUGGCCCGGGCUAAAGCCUUACUCCGGCAAUUUAUGCCAGAACGAGAGCCGGAUAGUUCUCAUAGAGAUGAGCCUUUCGACUACACUGAGCCAGGUACAGAGGAUCAGGCAGCUGACGGAAUGCACCUCCCGCACUUGGGUUCGGCCUCUCGACAAGACAACAUUCAAGUACAGGAUGCACGCACGACAGGACUUGAGGAGAAUGGAUCAUCACUGAGUCAGGCAGAUAUUAGCCGCGAAGCCAUACUCCGUCCCGCCCGUGAGGAUCAGCGGCCCUGUAUUCAUGCCGGGACAUCUGCUUUAAUGGAUCCGUCCCAGAUCGUGCAUGCAUCGCGGCGGACUGAUCGCACUAGCUCCAUCCCUCGAUCAGUAAGGACCCCAGCUCUCUCAUUGGAAACGCCUCCAUCGUCGAGCAACUUCGAAUGGGACGAACGAACCGGGGCUGGAAAUGGGGACCGGUUUGUGGACGGGAUGGCCAGUUUGACGAGUAAAUCGAACGAAGGAGGAUACCUGGGAUCUGCAUCUGGUGCUGCCCUUCUGCGUUUGACCACUACUCAAUCCACAGAGGACAUCCAUCCCGACAGUGCAGAUGUGCAAGGCAACUAUCACCGUCCCUCAAGCAUCACCUUUACACCUGCUUCAAUGUCACAGUUGGAGCCAUUUAUCGACUCAUACUUCAGUCUCUACCAUUGCUCAUACCCGAUAGUCCAUGAAGCGACCUUCCGUGCACAGUUUAUGGAGGUUAUUCCUCGACCGUCUGGUAGCACGUGGCAAGUGCUUCUCUUCGUGGUGGCCGCCAUAGGUGCUUUCGCCAGUGCAACCCAACAGACAGACGUUGACCUUGCGCUUUUUGAAGCCGCGAAGGCGAGACUAUCAAUUGACGUGCUCGAAUCAGGAAACCUGAUACUCGUACAGGCUCUGACCCUGAUCUCCAACUACCUGCAGAAACGGAACAAGCCCAAUUCUGGCUAUAAUUAUAUGGGUCUUGCACGACGAGUUGCGAUGGGGAUCGGCUUGCACAAGGAAUUCCCAACAUGGGACGCUAGUUUACUGACACUUGAGAUGAGACGGAGGGAACAAAGGGCAUCCCUGACCCUGCACAUGAAACUACCAUAUACACCCAUCUCAGGGCACAAGCGACAUUUCACCAGGCCACCAGCCAUAUAUAUUUAA